CACUUCCGUCUCCAAGUGAAAUCUCAUCUGCAGGCUCUCAUAAAAGAAAACAUGAAGAACCCGAAAGUUUUCUUUGACAUAUUGAUUGGAAAGAUGAAGGCCGGCCGAGUUGUAAUGGAAUUAUUUUCUGAUGUGACACCAAAAACUGCUGAAAAUUUUCGGGCUCUUUGCACUGGAGAUAAGGGGAUUGGAGCAGCAGGGAAGCCACUGCACUUUAAGGGCUCUACGUUUCAUCGCAUCAUCCCGAAUUUCAUGUGUCAGGGUGGAGAUUUCACAAGAGGGAAUGGGACUGGAGGAGAGUCGAUUUAUGGCACGAAAUUUGCAGAUGAAAACUUCAAAUUGAAGCAUACAGGGCCUGGAAUUUUGUCCAUGGCCAAUGCUGGACCAAACACUAAUGGUUCCCAGUUCUUCAUCUGCACUGACAAGACCCCAUGGCUCGAUGGAAAGCAUGUCGUGUUUGGAAAAGUUGUGGAUGGCUAUACUGUCGUUAAAGAGAUGGAGAAGGUGGGUUCAGAUAGUGGGACAACUUCUCAACCUGUUGUUAUUGAAGAUUGCGGUCAGAUAAAAGAUGAGAAUUGAUGUUUGAACAGUUGACAUCAUAGCUUUGCUGAUAUUAUUAGUUCAGUUUAGGAGGCUAUUGUAAAGCAAAUAAAACUUGAAUAGUUUGGAUCCUCAUCAUGUCUAUCUUUGUGUGGAUUUUCUAAUCCUUAUUUAUGGAAAUGGGAUUGGCGAGGCAUGUCAAAUAAAUACAAUGUGUUAAUAAAUUAUUUUCUUCGGUUCAA